AUGGCGCUCGGGUACAUGCUUCUGUUCUGGUCAUGCUUGAUGGUCUUCCGUGGGCUGGGGUCAAAUCUGGGGACCAACAAUCCAACCGACCUUGAAGAUGAACCGUUAUCGAGUAGCGAGGGAUCUCUAAUGGGAGGGACAGGGCUCGCAGUACAACCAAUCAUACCAGGGGUGACGGUACCGCUUUCGCACGUUCCGAUUCUCCUCGGGGCGCUCUUGGUUAGCCAGGUUAUCCACGAAGCGGGGCAUGCAUUUACGGCUGUAAUAGAGUCUGUGCCAAUAAACUCUGUCGGGAUUGGCCUAUUCGUCUGUCUGCCGUCAGCAUUCGUAUCCCUCGGAUCAGCAGCGUUCGACAAGCUCUCGCCUGUGCCUCGAAUGCGGAUUGCAACAGCGGGGGCAUAUCAUAACAUCGUGCUAUGGCUUAUAAUUGCUAUACUUGGUUGGUCUGAUAUAAACAAUAUUAUGAAUCAGGGGUGGACUGGUUGGGGAACUCCAUUGGGUCCGUAUAGGUCGGUCGACGACUUGGGAGUUGCAAUACGAUCGAUCGAACAGGAAUCGGACUUAUCAUACCACUUGUUUCCGGGAGAUAUCAUCACACGUAUUGAAGAUACGAUACUAUCCCGAGCACAUCUACUUAAGGAGCGUCGAACUCCCCUUCAAUUGUGGCAUGACUUGUUGCUACAUCACCAUCACAAUGUCACGAUAGACGACUUGCCCGACAUGGGCUGCCCUUCUUCGCUUGUAUGCUUUGCUCCAGCGGUCUCCUACGCUAAAAAUACCGGAAGAUGUCUGGAUGCUUUCAAAGUGUUCGAUCCGCCGGAGACACCCAUGGCUAUUUCUCAUGGCCGCUGCGCGAGCAAAUGUAUUACUGCUGACACAGCAGUCGCAGAAGACGAGCCAGAUCAAGUGUGCGUCCGGUCAAAAGGCAUAACUAGAAUCGGAGUCGUGAGAAACAACCAAGACGAGAAAACGAUUCUGUGGAGUGGGCCGAGCGAGGAGAUUUGGGAACAGGUCCGAGUGACCGAUAUUGCGCCUAGAUACUGGUUUGUCCCGUCGGGCUUGCCGGACCUCGUCGCAUUAUUUGUUUCAUACACAUCAACGAUAACACUUUCUCUUUACUUUCUGAACCUCCUCCCGAUCCGUCAUCUCGAUGGCGCACAGGUUCUAAGCGCGCUCCUGGACUUGUACGCUCCCCAACCAAGUUCUUUCCUUCCGCCUAGCCCAGGUCUAACGAUAGAAGAGGGACCAAGCGGCUACCCGCUCACGUCCGAAUCAUCAGCUCGUCGCCCCCGAAUAUCACGUAGACAUACACCGUCGUCAAGAUCUCAAGCGUCGAACCUACUGCACAUCCAAGAGCCAGAAGACCCGAAUUGGAUCAGCAAAAACAGAGCCAUGAUAGAAAGAAUCGCAGAAGGCACGGCGAUUGGGCUAGUAGCAAUCACAGCGGCGGGUAACGUGUGGAUUCUUUCUCGAUCAACCUAG